GAAAUACGUAAUUCCGCAUCCGGUUGUCCCUUAUCAGAAAAGUUUAGUGUAUGUUUUCAUGUUUAUUGCUUGGAAGCAAUAUUUGAUCAAAAUCGAAACCAUUGUACCUAUCUAGCUAUGCCCCAACUUAUUGUUACUUCGCUUGUUACGUAAACGUUCAUUUACAUGUCAGGUUGCCAACAAAUUAACCUAAACGGAGCUUGCUUUUUGCUAAGCUAGGUGCUACUUGCUUUUAGCACCCCACGUUGAUUGAGGCUUUCUAAACAAGGCAACAUGGCAAAUUUAGAGCAGUGGGUGAACGAUAGUCUGCAUGACAUCCUCGGCCUAAGUGACAGAUAUGUUGCUCAGUUCAUGAUCGGCUCUGCCCGGAAGUCUUUGAGCUCUCAAGACUUUGUGGCCCGCCUUCAGUCGACAGGCACCAUCGACAUUAACCAGAGAGUAAUCGCCUUUGCACAGGAACUGUAUGAAAAGAUUCCUCGUAAACAAGUUGUUGAAAAGCCAGCCCGAGCGAUGGAGCGACGUGUCAUGGAGAUUGAGAGGAAGAAUCAGACUUACACCCUGCUGUCGGACAGCGAGAGUGAUGGAGAGGCAGCGAUAGAGAACGAAAAAGAGAAGAAGAAGAAGAAGAAUAAAGAGAAAGGAAAUAAGAGGAAGCACCUGAGGAAAAGGGAGGAGAGUCAGGAGUCAAGUGAAGAGGAGGCCCCUAAAAGGUUGGGCCAUGGCAACCAAAAGGUUGACGAAGAAGAGGAGGAGGAGUGGGAGAAGGAAGAGAGAGAACGAAUACUCGAUUUGGAGGAGAGGGACGCUUUUGCUGAACGGAUAAAACUAAAGGACAAAGACAAAACCCGCAACAUUAUGGAGAGAACAGACAAGAAGGCUUACGAAGAGGCUCAGAAGAGACUGAAGAUGGCAGAGGAGGAUCAAAAGAAAAUUUUGCCAGAAUUGAGGAAGGAGUCUAGAAGGAACUACCUUUCCAAAAGAGAGGCAGAAAAGUUAGAGGACCUGGAGGCGGAGAUAGCCGAUGAGGAGUACCUGUUCUCCACAGACGCGCUGACGGAGAGGGAGCGGAAGGAACUGGAGUACAAACGCAAAAUCCGUGACCUGGCCAAAGACUACAAGAAGGCCGGUGCCAAGGAGAAGGAGGAGAGGAAGAACAGAUAUUACAUGCCCGAGGAGAAGAGGAGCAAGGAGGUUCCUCAGAGGGACAUGGAGCUGGAGUUAGACAUGCCCAUGGAAGGUGGAGGAGAGCAGGGCCGUUGGGAGGAAGAAAGGCUGAAGACCGCUUCACUCAGCUUCGGGGCCAAGGAGGAGAGGGAGAAGGGUUUGAAGGCAGAACGGGAGAAGUACCAGCUGAUUUUAGAGGAGGAUGAGAUGAUCAACUUUGUCAGCAGUGCAGUCACCAUGAAGGGAACCCAGGAUGAGAAGGAGCGGGAGCGGAUGGCUCUGUCCCAGGCCGAGGUGGUGAAACAGUCCAUCCAGGAGGUACGACGCAGUCUACCCGUGUUCCCUUACAGAGAGGACCUGCUCCUAGCCAUCCAGCAGCACCAGAUCCUGAUCAUCGAGGGAGAGACAGGCUCUGGCAAGACCACCCAGAUCCCCCAGUAUCUCAUGGAGUCGGGCUACAAUGAAGGGGGCAUGAAGAUCGGGUGUACCCAGCCUCGCAGAGUGGCAGCCAUGUCCGUAGCAGCUAGGGUUGCACAGGAAGUGGGCGUCAAGCUGGGUAACGAGGUGGGCUACAGUAUCCGUUUUGAGGACUGUACGUCGGAGAGGACCGUGCUCAAAUACAUGACGGAUGGCAUGCUGCUCCGAGAGUUCCUCACGGAGCCCGAUCUGGCCAGCUACAGCGUGGUCAUCAUUGACGAGGCCCACGAGCGGACUCUACACACGGACAUCCUGUUCGGCCUGAUCAAGGACAUCGCUCGUUUCCGGCCGGACCUGAAGGUGCUGGUGGCUAGCGCCACCCUGGACACGGAGCGUUUCUCCUGCUUCUUUGACGACGCGCCUGUCUUCCGGAUCCCCGGAAGGAGGUUCCCGGUGGACAUCUUUUACACCAAGGCUCCGGAGGCAGACUACCUGGAGGCCUGUGUGGUGUCUGUGCUGCAGAUCCAUGUCACCCAACCGCCUGGCGACUGCCUCGUCUUCCUCACUGGACAGGAGGAGAUCGAGACUUGCUGUGAGCUACUUCAGGAGAGAUGCAGACGCCUGGGUUCCAAGAUCUCGGAGCUCCUGGUGCUGCCCAUCUAUGCCAACCUACCAUCAGAUAUGCAGGCUAAGAUCUUCAGCCCCACACCGCCUGGCUCCCGCAAGGUGGUGGUGGCCACUAACAUUGCAGAGACCUCUCUGACCAUCGAUGGGAUAAUCUACGUGAUAGACCCAGGCUUCUGUAAGCAGAAGAGCUACAACGCCCGCACUGGGAUGGAGUCUCUGAUCGUCACACCUUGCUCGCGGGCCUCAGCCAAUCAGCGAGCAGGCCGGGCAGGGAGAGUGGCUGCUGGGAAGUGUUUCCGUCUCUACACAGCGUGGGCGUUCAAACACGAGAUGGAAGAGACCACCGUGCCAGAAAUCCAGAGAACCAACCUGGGCAAUGUUGUGCUUCUCCUCAAGAGUUUGGGAAUUAAUGACCUCAUCCACUUUGACUUCAUGGACCCACCCCCUCACGAGACCCUGGUCCUGGCUUUAGAGCAGCUGUACGCACUGGGUGCGCUCAACCACCUCGGAGAGCUCACCAAGCUGGGCCGUAGGAUGGCUGAGUUGCCUGUGGAUCCUAUGUUGAGCAAGAUGAUCCUGGCCUCGGAACAGUAUAAGUGUUCUGAGCAGGUGUUGACCAUCGCCGCCAUGCUGUCUGUGAACAACUCCAUCUUCUACCGGCCCAAAGAUAAGGUGGUUCACGCGGACAAUGCCAGGCAGAACUUUGUGGUGCCCGGAGGAGACCACAUGGUGCUGCUCAAUGUCUACACACAGUGGGCGGAGAGUGGCUACUCCACUCAGUGGUGCUACGAGAACUUCAUCCAGUUCCGCUCCAUGAAGCGGGCGCGAGAUGUCCGGGAGCAGCUGGAGGGCCUGAUGGACAGGAUUGAGGUGGAGGUGUGCAGCAGUGAGGGAGACAGCGUGCCCAUCCGGAAGGCGGUGACAGCGGGGUACUUCUACCACACGGCGCGGCUCAGCAAGGGAGGCUACAAGACGGUGAAGCACCAGCAAACAGUCUACGUCCACCCCAACAGCUCCCUGUUCGAGGAGCAGCCCCGCUGGCUCAUAUACCACGAGCUGGUCUUCACCACCAAGGAGUUCAUGAGACAGGUGAUUGAGAUAGACAGCAGCUGGCUUCUGGAGGUGGCUCCCCACUACUACAAGAACAAGGAGCUGGAGGACAGCAGCAGUAAGAAAAUGCCCCGCAAACAGGGCAAGGCCAAAGAGGAGCUGGGCUGAGAGGAUCAGGGAGGCAGAGCGCCGAACAGGUCUGCCAUAAGGGACUGGGAUCAUCAGAAUCAUCAUCAUAAACACUGGUGGAUGGGCUGUUGGUCUUAUUAAACCACAUGUCAGUUCUAGACCGGCUUGACGGGGUGUUCCACACUCGGACUGUCACGGUUUCCUGUGUCUUGGGUGUGGGGCAGGCUCGAAUGUGACAAUGUGUCUUUAGUGCAGAUCUGGGAUCAGCUUCAGCUCCUUCUGUCCCAACCAUUAGUGUGGAAAGUACACAAGCAGACCCAGCUUCACCAUGGAACCUCACGCUGCUUCAUGUGGCAGAAACAGUAGCCAGCUUAGACCGGUCCAAACCAAUGAGUACUCCACAUCAAAUGGAUUAGACCGGUCCAAACCAAUGAGUACUCUACAUCAAAUGGAUUAGACCGGUCCAAACCAAUGAGUACUCUACAUCAAAUGGAUUAGACCAGUCCAAACCAAUGAGUACUCUACAUCAAAUGGAUAAGUAAUUAGAAUGUAAUGGGUCUUGACAACUGGAUUUGACCUAUUUACUUGGAUUAAAUAGUUUGCUUUGUCUGCCUGGGUUUUGUUUGGUCUACCUUUUUACUGUCCCCUGUUACGCAUGACCAACUGACAGCCAGUAAUGCUAUUUGUUUGACUUGGGUGUGGCAGUCAUUAUUUUUCUACCAAAAUAAAAGUUUUACAGAAAAUUGUUUUGA